AUGAGCUAUCAAUCUGGUGCUUACAGUGGAACAUCAAGUGGCCGAGCUCGUGGAAGAAUUGUUGGUGUGCCAAAGAAAUGUUGGUGUGGGGAAUUAGUGGUAGAGAAAAUCUCUAAACCCGACCCAAAUCCAUAUUGUCGAUACUAUAGGUGUGGAUUUGCUGCUACAGAGAGGCUUGUCAAUGAUAAUCAUGCUUUUAAGUGGGUUGAUGAAGCAUUGGUGAAUGAAGUGGAGACAUUGCGUUCUUGUUUGGAUAGGCUAGAAGAGGAUGUGAGGGAGAUUACAGCAGACAAAAUAAUGCUUGAGAAUAUGGUGAUUGAGAAGAUUCAAAAGAAGAUGGAGAGAGAGGUUUUUGAGCGAGUGGAAGAGACAUUGGCAGCAACAAAAUCCGAUGUGAAGAAAAUGAUGCUUGUUGUCAUUGUUGGUUGCAUGGUUAUUGUUGGUUGUAGUAAGCUAGUAGGUUUAGUUUGGUCGAUUGUUGGUUGUUGUAUGGAUAUAAACAAUGAGUUUGGUCAUAUGAUCUUUGUUGUUUGUGUUUUGGUCAUUGUUGUUUCUGUUAAAGACAAUUCUAGUUUGGUCAUUGUUGUUUGGUUUUUAAGACAAUUCUAG